AUGAGGUGUUGGAAACCUCUAGGAGCUUUAUGGGCCCACAUUGUUAUGCCUUUCAUAGGGAGGCUUCUGAGGAAGACGAGGUCCUCUGGUGAUGUUGGACCAAUUGGCCCCACGGGUCUGCCUGGUCUCCCUGGAGAACCUGGGCCACCUGGGAAACCUGGGCUCAAAGGAGAGAAAGGAGACUGCUGUGACGCCACCAAGCUGAAGGGCGAGAAGGGCGAGCCUGCCGUCGGCCCCCCCGGCCCCCCCGGCCCCCCCGGCGCCCCUGGCCCCCCGGGACCCUCCGGUCCCACGUCGCAGGGCCGCGUCGGCUACAUACCCGUCCCGGGACCGCCGGGUCUACCUGGGCCGCCGGUGAGUACACCAAAGUACAGUAGAGCACCACUCAACCCUCCCACUGUACCUGGGUCAGAAUAA